GCGGCAGGAAGCAGGAAGGGAGCGGGCAGGGCUGCGGGGAGCCCGGGCGGUCUCUGCUCUUCUCCCUCCCCGCGGAGAUGGUGGUCCUGCGGGCUGGGCUCUGCCCUGGUCUCACUGAAGACAUGAUCCAGCUUCUCAGGGCCGAUGGCAUCAGGACAGUGGUGGACUUUGUGUCAUCAGACCUGGAGGAUGUUGCCCAAAAGUGUUCCCUGUCUUACAAGGCGCUGGUCGCAGUCAGACGUGUGCUCCUGGCCCAGUUCUCUGCCUUCCCUGCCAACGGAGCUGACCUCUACGAGGACCUCAAGAGCUCCACUGCCAUCCUGCCCACUGGCAGCCCAAGCCUGGACCAGCUGCUGGACUCAGGGCUGUACACAGGGGAAGUGACAGAGCUCAUGGGAGCACCGGGUGCUGGGAAGACACAGGUGUGCCUGGGCAUUGCAGCCAGUGUGUCCCUGGGGCUCAAGCAGCACAUCCUGUUUCUCGACUCCACGGGGGAUUUCACUGCUGCCCGUCUCUACCAGAUGCUCCAAGCCCAGACAGAGGAUGAGGAAGAGCAGCUGGAGGCUCUGCAGCGGGUGCAGGUAGAACGUGUGUUCAACAUCUACGAGGUGCUGAGAGCCUUGCAGGAGCUGCGGGAUCGCCUCUCCCAGCAGGUGGUGAGCUCCAUGGGACCUCUCAAGGUGGUGGUGCUGGACUCGGUGUCAGCUGUGAUUUACCCUCUGCUGGGUGGCAGGCAGUCAGAGGGUUUGGCCCUCAUGAUGCAGCUCUCCAGGGAGCUGAAGACCCUGGCCAGGGAGUUCAGCCUUGCUGUUGUGGUGACCAACCAGGUGACAAGGGACAGCAGCAGUGGCCCACUCAGGCCAGCCCUCGGCCGCUCCUGGAGUUUCGUGCCCAGCACCCGGGUGCUGCUGGAGAGCAAAGAAGGUCCCUGGGAGAGAUCCAGCACACAACGUGCAGCUUCCCUGGCAAAGUCACCCCGGCAGCCAACAGGGAUCCAGGUGGAGCUGGACAUUGGGAAUGGUGACGUGUUGGAACCAAGCCUGGUGACACCCACCCACGGGCUCUGAUGGGCUGGAACAGCAAAUGUCACAAGGUUCAAGAGAGCUGCACAAAAGCAGGCAAGCACUGAAGGUUUUACAAACUGGCUGAGAGUCCUGCAGCCCUGGGAAGGACCAACAAGAAAAAUCUCUUGUUCUUCUGCCCUGUGGAAAAACUGAGCGUGGGGUUCCUGGAGACCUCUGUGCCUGCAGUGGCUGGGCUAGGAGGGCAGCAGGACAGCCAGGUCCUGUCCUCUGCUGCAGGCUUCACCCCCAGAGCCAGCCCUGUGCUCAGGUGGUGUUUGGGAUCAGCUGCCUUGUCCCUGCACAGCCCCACAAGUCCCUGUGCUGGUUCUGUUCCCCCCUGGCUCCCUGCCCUCCUGAGUUCUGAUCAUCCUUGGGCCCACAGCGGGCUCAGAAAUAAAAGAAAAAAAAAAAAGAAAA